AUGUCAUCCUAUCUACCCAGUGGCAAGCCCGAAAUCAAACCCAAGCGCCAUCAUGGCUAUGCCGUCCUGCUCUUCAUCAUGGGCACCCUUUUCCCUCCUUUGGCUGUAGCAGCCAGGUUUGGUUUUGGGGGUGACUUUUGGUUGAAUCUCCUUUUGACAAUCUGUGGAUACAUUCCUGGACAUGGACAUAAUUUCUAUAUACAGAACAUACGAAACAACAAGAAUCAUGCCAGAACCCCAAAGUGGGCACAGCGCUAUGGGCUUGUCGACAUCAGUGAAAUUAAGCGCAAGGAGCGCAAAUCUCAAUGGGCAAACCGUUACAACGAUAGACUGCCUAGAUCAGCACUCGAGGGCCAACCUUAUGAAGAAGGUCAGGAACGCGGUUCCAGUGUCGACCUCUCAUUGGAAAAUGCCAAUGGGAGGCCCAAGAGACAACCCAACGGAGAUCUUUGGCGUCCUGAAGAUGAAUCUUACUAUAAUCCAGACAAAAACUCUGUUUCUUCGUCCUCUGGGGGUCGCUGGCAUUAUCCUGCCAAUUUUGACGACGUUGAACCUAUAAGCACAGGAAAGAAGAGCAAAUCAAAGAAGGCAAAGAAGGACAGAUGGGAACGAACCCAGGAUGCUUACAACAUGUCAGCUGAUGGUGAAAACCAGAAGAAGAGGAGGAAGAAGAAGCGAAAAUCGACAGACGGUGACAGUAGCAUGACACGCGAUUCUGGUGACUUUCCUGAAGACCCAGAGGGUGGUUUGUAUGGAAGUCAUCGCGGCGGUCUGGACAGUGGUCCUCCCUCUAGGUCCAAAACCACUGAUGAAGAGGUUUUCAAUCACGAAUUUUAA